UACUCUCCCCUCUGGCGCACGACGUCCUCGAGGUUAGCAAGGCUGACUACGACUCCUGCAGCACCGUCAACCCUAUCGCGUCCCUCAUCUCCGGGAACGACAUCGUCACCCUCACCGCCGCCGGCACCCGCUACUUCAUUUGUGGGUUCCCCGGCCACUGCACUGGUGGCAUGAAGGUCAAGAGCGACGUCGUGUCUGACUCCUCCUCGCCAUCACUCACCCCGGCCAGCGGCCCUAUGGCAAGCAACGCUCCUUCACCCACGUCUGUCUCUACCGCCACCUCUGUGGAGGCCACGGGGUUUGGCCUCGCCGUCCUGCUUGCCUUUGCUGGUCUCAUGGCUUGA